AUGACUUCAAAGGAAGCAAACGCAGCUGUAAGGAAGAUUAUUGAAUCAUUCAAGCCUCUGUGUGAACAAGAGGAGCAAGAUAAAGUCACUACAUUGAAAUACCUUGACCUUUUUGAUAAUGUUCUCAUUAGAGACAAUACAUUCGCUCACUUUUCAUCAUCUUCAUUCAUUUUCAACAAGGACAGAACAAAAACAUUGUUUAUUUACCAUAAUAUCUAUGAUAGCUGGACAUGGACUGGUGGCCACAAUGAUGGUGAUCCAGAUUUCCUCCAUGUCGCUAUCAAAGAAGCAAAGGAAGAAACUGGUGUUGAUGUAAAGGUUAUUUCUAAGGAUCCUAUUGCUCUCGAUAUUCUUCCAGUUUGGGGGCAUGUCAAACGCGGUCAAUGGGUUUCAAGUCAUCAGCAUAUCAAUCUUACAUAUAUAUUUGAGGCUGAUGAUUCACAGGAACUCUUUGUAAAACCAGAUGAAAACAGUGGCGUCAAAUGGGUUCCUGUUGAGGAUGUUUGCAAAGUAAGUAAUGAAAGAGAUAUGUAUCCUGUUUAUAACAAGAUCAUUGAAAGAGCUCAAAAGAUGCUUUGA